AGGCUGCUCCGCGCCAUCGACUGCCUGCGGCACGCGGCGGCGGGCGCCGAGCGCCGCGACGCGGGGCAGAUGCUGGAGGACGACGCCGCGCUGGAGAGGCUCUCCGCGCAGAACGAGGAGCUGUCGAAGGAGAAGAGGGACGCGACGGACGAGAACCGGAGGCUCCAGGAGGAGAACGAGCGCCUCGUCGGCGUCGUGCGGCAGCAGGACGAUCAGCUCCAGAAGGUGCGGGAGCGAAACCGGGAGCUGGAGGAGCUGGUGCAGACGCAGACGGAGCAGGUCGGUUUCCUCAUGCAGCAGUUGCAGGCCAUUGCGGCCUCCGAAUCCCCAGAGGACGACCAACGCCUUGUACCGCUCCUACCAGGACUCGCAAGACGACUGGGGCGAGGCGGAGAGGAUCAGCCUCCCCGACGCCACGGCGCUGCCCCAGGAGGCGGACGGCCACGUCCGCGCCAUCAGCACCACGGACCUCCAGAGGGCCGCCGACGUAGUGGCCGAGGUGCAGUCGCGGAAGGCCCCGCACUCGGCGCCGGUGCGCCCUUCGCAGGGCGCGGUGCUCGCCCGCAUGAGCGCCGCCGCCGACGCCGCCAGGGGGUCCGAGCGGGUGCCCACGGGCACGACCCCGUUCUCGCCGCCGCGGCGCUCCAAGCUGGCGCAGUCGCUGGACAGCGCGCAGGUCCGGGAGUGCCUGGCCGGCGGCUUCGACGUCGACCACAUCAUCAGGUGCCUGGCGACGGCCCUCCAGAACAAGAUCAUCCUGGCGAUGGGCCGGUCGCGCCCGCACGGCGCCUCCGCGGAGUGCAUCCGCGCCUGCGGCAUCUUCCUCGAGCCGGCGUGCCGGCAGCGCCUCGAGAGCGACGCGGCGGCUGCGCUGGGCCGGCAGCAGUGCAAGGCGUCCGCUGCGUCGGCCCCCUCGCCGGGGACCGGCGGCGGCACGCCCCUGUCGUCGUUCUGCUCGCCGCUGAUGUCCAAGGACCAGCCGGGGGCGUGCCUCCUCGACACCAUGGGCAAGCCCGUGGAGCCGCUGAACGGGAUCGCGUGGGACGUGUACGGCUUCCUGCGCGACGUGAUGGUGAACUUCCGGCUGGAGCCCGAGGUCAGCGUGGUCACCAUGAAUUACGUGGAUCGUUUCUCCGACACGUGCGGUGUGGCUCUCACCCCCGACAACUGGCAGCGGCUGAUCAUCACGGCGAUGAUGCUCGCCUCGAAGGUGUGGAACGACGAGUCUUUCGAGAACGUCGAGUUCGCCCAGCUGUGCCCGCUCUACACGCUGGACGAGAUCAACACCUUCGAGCGGACAUUCCUCAAGUGCGUGGGCUACAACAUGUCCGUGAAGGGGUCCGACUAUGCCAAGACGUAUUUCCAGCUGCGAACUCUGGGCGCGAAGGAUUGUGCCAGCCUUCGGGCACAACGAACAAGGGUAUGGCCAACAGCCAGAACUUACGUAGGAACACUAUUCUCUCUCUUACACACACGCAUACACACACUUCCACACACUUCCACAGGUGACUAUAUGAAAUGCAUGUGGGCUCGUGUUUUCAUGUAG